AUUGAUGACGCAAAUUCUGAUCGGCGUUAUCGCAUUAAUCGUCGUUUGGGAUGCUCUCUCGGAUUUCGAGCACUUGCCACGAAGCGCGAUGAAUAAGUUUGUUGUUGUGAGUGAAUCAUGUUGUUGUCAGAGCUAGAUUUAGGGUUUCGGGGUUUUUGAAAGGGGCGAGAUUUGCUCAAGUGACGAGGACUGGGCAUGGUUUGAUGGAGAUGGGAGGUUGAUCCUGAGGGUGGAUCGUGUGUGCGAUGAACUGUAGCGAUUCUAAUGACCUGAGAUUGGUUUUGGUCCCGUCGCUGCAUUUGAAUCCGUGUGCAUUUGCAUUGCGCCUUCGGGAGUGGAGGGAAACAGCUUAGCGUCGGGAAGCGACGAGGAUGGCCGACGAGGAGGCGGUUGCGACAGCUGAGGAAGCAGAUGGUGAUGAAGAAUGUGAGGAUAUGGCGAGGAAUCAGCCUCUGGAAUCAGAGCCUCCAGUGUCAGUUUUGAAGAAGGCUCGCCCGAUUGGCGCUGCUAGGAAGCGCAAGAUUGUGCAUCGUACCAGAUCGGGCAAGAGGAAGGAUGUGGAGACGAAGACGGUCUCGCUCAAGAAGAUGAAGGAAGCGGUAUCGAUGGACUUGUCGGACCCGUCGCAACUCACCAUGAAGGAGAUCAUUCGUAGGGCAGAGGCUAUUGAGAGGGCGAAAGCGAGGGAGGAAGCGGCCAAGAAAGGCAAAGGGAAAGAUAAGAAAGGUGCUGGCACCACAACUGCAUCAAAGGACAGGAAUACUCCUGCAGACCAGGAUAUGCCUGCCCAAUCUGCUUCUAUCUUGACACCUCAAGUGACGAUCGUGAACGGGCGCAUUGUUAUCAAUCAACAGAGUUUGGUGGUGGGUGCCCAAGCCAGCACACGAGAGGAUACAAAUACUUAUCAAAGGGUGGAGGAGGAUAGACCUAAGCUCAAUUAUAAUUCUUAUUCCAAUCGAACACCCGUGGAGAGGUGGAAGCAAGAAGACACGGAUUUGUUUUACAAGGCACUGGAGCAAUUUGGAACAGAUUUUGAGUUGAUACAGAAUUUGUUCCCAGGAAGGACAAGAAAACAAGUGAAAUCGAAAUUCAAGAACGAGGAGAGACUGAAUCCACUACGCCUUUCGGAUGCUCUUGGUCACAAAACACAAGAUCAAUCCCACCACUACAGAGCCAUCCUCGAAAUGAUUAAAACAGAAAAGCCAGCUGCAGAUUCGGAUGAAAUGUUGCUGGAGAGUCUUCUGCAACCUGUCGUGACGGACGAAAGGGCCAGUGAUCAGCCCUUACAAACACAAGCGAGCACUUCAGGGGAUAAAGUUCAUGCGGAGGACAACGUAGAUGUAGCUAUGAACACGGUAGUUUUAGACAAGGUGAAGCCGGAUGAUGUAACUGCGCCUGCAUCUGAACUAAUCGAUUCCACAGCAGCGGUUUUGCCCCAGUCUGAGGUCGAAACAAUUACCGUGAAGGACGAUCCACCCGCGUCAGAAGCUCCUGAAACUCUUUCAUCUCAUCAAAACAAGAGUAAAGCCUCUGGAAAUCCACUCGGCAGCUAUGGGAAGGAACCCCUGUCUAAGAAUCCCCGGGGUAGCUAUGGGAACAUGUCUAGGAACCCCUUGGGCAGCUACAAGAAGAAUCCCUUGGGUAUGUACAAAUAGCGAUAGACUUUUUUUUUUACUUAUUAGUUAACCCAUCGGUCUCCACUUGCCUGAAAAUCUCCAGAGAAUUUUGUGCGGCAUCUACUUUAGUCCUCCAAACUUUCCGGGUUUAGAUUCAAGGGUGUUAAUAGCCCAACGGGAGUACACAUGAGUCAUUACUGCUACUGAAAGACUAUUCUGGCAGAACCUAUUCGACCUGGUUACAGUAGCAUGUGAGGCUUUUCUACGUGAAUCACCCUUGUACAACAGGCCAGAUCUCAUUGAAAACUGAAAAUUUCAGCAAUUUUGCAUGCA